CUUCAUUCACAGACCUCUCUCUCACCUAAGAUUUCCCUUCACUUUCUCCCUUCUCUCUCUCACUCCUCUUUGCCCUAAAACACACUUCCUCACUCUCGCUCUCUUCAAUUUCCUUACAACCAAAAACACAUAUCUAAUCAAACAUAUCUGUAUCUAUCUAUUUCUAUAUCUGCAUAUGUAUAUCCGUGUCUGAAUCUGACAAGAACAACAAUGGCGCCGAGGUCGUCCAGCAGAGGAAAGGGAAGCAAAUCCAAGACAGACAAGAAGAAGAAGGAAGAGAAAGUUGUACCAAGCGUUAUCGACAUCACUGUAUUGACUCCUUACGAAACGCAGGUGGUUGUCAAGGGCAUUUCUACUGACAAGAUUCUCGAUGUGAAGAAACUACUGGCUGUCAACGUCCAGACAUGCCAUUUCACAGACUACUCUCUCUCCCAUGAGGUUAAGGGACAGAAAUUGAAUGACAGAGUAGAGGUUGUUGGUCUGAAGCCAUCUUUGCUCAAAAUGGUUGAAGAGGACUACGGAGACGAGUCACGUGCGGUGGCCCACGUGCGCAGACUUCUUGACAUUGUCGCGUGCACCACACGCUUCUCCAAACCGAAGGCCGGCGGAGGUACGGAAACACGUCCGAGGAAGAGCAAAGUUCCGGCGAGCGCGAUUGCGGCGGCGGCGUCGGAUGGAGAAUCGAGGUCUUCCGAUGCUCCGGCGAUAUCUUCGAGUUUUGAUAUGGCGGCGAUCCACCCGAUUCCGAAGCUAUCGGAUUUCUAUGAGUUCUUCUCUUUCUCGCACCUCACUCCGCCCAUCCUUCAGCUGAAAAGAGUGGAUAGUAAAGACGGAACGACGCGAAGAGAAGGCGAUUAUUUCGAAAUGCAGAUAAAGAUAUGCAAUGGGAAGACAGUACAAGUGGUUGCAUCAAGAAAAGGUUUCUACACUGUGGGCAAACAAUUUAUGCAGAGCCAUUCUCUGGUGGAUCUUCUGCAGCAGCAGAGUCAAGCUUUUCUCAAUGCAUACGCAUUAUUGAUGAAAGCUUUUGUUGAACACAAUAAGUUUGGUAACCUUCCAUAUGGCUUCCGUGCCAACACCUGGCUUGCUCCUGCUUCAAUUAUUGAUUCAGCAAAUCAUUAUGUACCCCUCCCAGCUGAGGAUGAGAAAUGGGGAGGAGAUGGUGGGGGCCAAGGAAGAUCAGGAGAAUAUGAUUACCGACCAUGGGCAACAGACUUAGCAAUAUUGGCUAGCCUGCCUUGCAAAACUGAAGAAGAGAGAGUGAUUCGAGAUAGAAAAGCAUUUUUGGUUCAUAAUCUUUUCCUGGAUGUUUCCAUUUUUAAAGCUGUUUCAUCCAUACAGAAUGUGAUAGCUUCGACUGCUCCAGCUAUCUCAAAAUCUGCUCCAGGUGCAGUUGUGUAUGAGAAUCGGGUUGGGGACUUGUUCAUUACAGUUAAAAGAGAUGAAGCAGACACAGGCUUGAAACGGGAACCAAAGAUUAUCAACCGUAAAACCCUCAGUGAAUCAACUGACGAGGUUUCUCGGAGAAAUCUCCUAAAAGGAGUAACUGCUGAUGAAAGUGUAGUUGUACAUGAUACUUCUUCUUUAGGUGUCGUUGUUGUAAGACACUGUGGCUAUACAGCUACAGUGAAGAUUGUUGGAGAUGUAAAACGGGGAAAGAAUCUUCCGCAAGAUAUUGACAUUAAGGAUGAACCAGAUGGGGGAGCCAAUGCACUCAAUAUUAACAGCUUAAGGGUAAUGCUCCAUUCACCACGUGAUGAAUCAUAUGUUGGACCCCAAAAUCCUGAGUCUGACUUGGCAGAUGUUAGAACGUUUGAAAAUCUGAUCCACAAAGUAAUUAAAGACAGUAUAACAACACUAGAGAAUAAUCCUGCAAUAGGAAAAGGCUGUAUCCGCUGGGAACUUGGCUCUUGCUGGGUGCAGCAUCUUCAGAAACAAGAAACACCAGCUGAAAACAAUUCUUCAACUCGUAAGGAUGAUACAAAGGUUGAGCCGGUGGUUAAAGGGCUUGGGAAACAAUUUAAGAUGCUAAAAAGGAGGGAAAAAAGGACUAUAAGUAUUAAGGAUGAAGGCAGUGAUGCUGAAUCUAGCAGCCUUAGCAUGGAAAACAACAUUGAAGAAGUAAAAAACCGUGAUCCUAACUGCGAAUUGCUGAAAUAUGUUCCUCAAGAUGCCUUAUUAUGCUUGAAGGAAACUGGGGUUGGACUUCACAUAAAGUCGGCAGAUGAGCUGGUCAAGAUGGCACAUGAGUACUAUGAUGAUGUGGCUUUGCCCAAACUGGUCGCUGACUUUGCGUCACUUGAACUAUCUCCAGUGGAUGGUCGUACACUGACUGACUUUAUGCAUCUUAGAGGAUUACAGAUGCAUUCUUUAGGUCGUGUGGUUGAACUUGCAGAUAAGCUUCCUCAUAUCCAGUCGCUUUGUAUACAUGAAAUGGUUACUCGAGCUUUUAAGCAUGUACUUCGAGCUGUCAUCGGUUCUGUACAGUGUGUGGAUAACAUGUCUACUGCUAUAGCAACAGCCUUAAAUUUCUUGCUUGGAUCUUGCAAUGGUGAAAGUAACGAUUCCAGUCAUCAAAAUCUCAAAUUAGAAUGGCUGCGAACAUUUUUGGAGAAAAGAUAUGGUUGGAAGCUGAAAGACGAAUUCCAAUAUUUGAGGAAGUUAUCAAUUCUCAGGGGACUUUGUCACAAGGUUGGAUUAGAACUCAUCCCUAAGGACUAUGAUUUGGAAAGCUCGUCUCCAUUUACCAAGUUUGAUGUCAUCAGUAUACUGCCAGUCUGCAAGCAUGUAGGCUGCUCUUCUGCUGAUGGACGAACUCUACUGGAAUCCUCAAAGAUUGCUCUAGACAAAGGAAAGCUAGAAGAUGCUGUUAAUUAUGGAACAAAGGCUCUGGCAAAGAUGAUUGCUGUUUGUGGCCCUUAUCAUCGUAUGACUGCAAGUGCUUACAGUCUUCUGGCUGUUGUUCUGUAUCACACUGGAGAUUUUAAUCAGGCAACUAUAUAUCAGCAGAAGGCUUUAGAUAUCAAUGAGAGGGAGCUGGGGCUUGAUCAUCCAGAUACAAUGAAGAGCUAUGGGGACUUAUCUGUGUUUUAUUAUCGUCUCCAACACAUUGAAUUGGCUCUGAAAUAUGUCAAUCGUGCACUGUAUCUGCUGCAUUUUACUUGCGGGCUAUCUCACCCAAACACGGCAGCUACUUACAUAAACAUUGCCAUGAUGGAGGAGGGUAUGGGAAAUGUUCACGUUGCUCUCAGAUAUCUGCACGAAGCCCUCAAGUGCAACCAAAGGUUACUAGGAGCAGAUCACAUACAGACUGCUGCUAGCUAUCAUGCCAUAGCCAUAGCUCUUUCUUUGAUGGAAGCGUACACCCUCAGUGUUCAACAUGAGCAAACUACACUGCAAAUUCUCCAAACUAAACUUGGAGCAGAGGAUCUUCGAACUCAGGAUGCUGCUGCUUGGCUUGAAUAUUUUGAGUCAAAAGCCUUGGAGCAACAAGAAGCAGCACGUAAUGGGACCCCGAAACCAGAUGCAUCCAUUGCCAGCAAGGGUCACUUGAGUGUGUCAGAUCUUCUUGACUAUAUAAGUCCUGAUCAGGCAUCAAAGGCUGCAGAUGCUCAGAGGAAGCGUCGUUCAAAGGCUGCUCCGAUUGGCGAAAAAAUCCGUAUUGAACAACCAAAAGAAAAUUCUGACAUUUUCAAUAGCGGAACAACUGAAAAUAGUGCUGUAUUGGAGGAAAGUAGCAGAGAAGUGAAUAAAGUGGAUUACAUACCCUCCCAAGAACCAUUAAAGGAGACAAAAGCCAGACAUGAUCGUUCGCUUCCUGAAGAAAUUGACCAUGAAGUAACAUCAGAAGAAGGAUGGCAGGAAGCUACACCAAAGGGACGGUCAGGAAAUGCAGCCAGUAAGAAGUACAACCGAAAGCGUCCGGAUCUUGCCAAGUUAAAGAUUCAUUCUGCUAACCCCAGCCAUGAUGACAGUAGUUAUAGAAAGGAGGCAACUUCGCAGGGACAUAAGGUUGCAUUUAAGGCAAAUGUCACGGAUGAUUUGAUUCAAGUGCCUGCAAAGAUUUCAGGGACCAAAAAUGUUACUUAUGCUUCCAAAGCUUCCCCGCGCCCUGCCACUCUUACAGCAUUAGCUUCAAAAUCUUUGUCGUACAAAGAAGUAGCAGCAGCUGCGCCAGGUACAGUUCUAAAGCCCUUACUGGAGAAAGUAGAGGAAUUAAGUGAAGAGAAAACUGAUAACGAGAUGUGCCUCAGUCCCCAAGAGACAGGACAGCAGGAUGGAGGGGACACAGUAGCUGUAGAUGAAUCAUUACCAAAUCAUGAAGAUAUGGCGAGAGACAACAACAACGACACAGAUCAUGUAACUGGAUCCAAGUUGGCUAAUUGCAGCCCAGACACUGAAGAGAUUUUAUGCUCAAGUAACAUGGAGAAAGCUGUUGAGACAAAUGGAAGCAAACUCUCGGCUUCUGCACAGCCAUUCAGCCCAGGUGCUUACCCUCUGACUCAGCCAUUUAGUCCACAUGCUGCUGCUACUAGCGUCUAUGAUGUUGUCGUCAGUCAAGGCACACUUUCAGAGCCAGUGGAGUUCCCUUCAGCUGCAACUCGAGUUCCUCGUGGUCCUAGAUCAUUUGUGUACUACAGAGCAAGUCAUAGUUUUCGACCGGGGUUUCUGAAUUACCAAAUUCCAGGUUCUGAAGGAAAUGGUUUUGCUUUUCCAAAGACGAUGAAUCCACAUGCGCCUGAAUUCGUUCCAAGAAGCGCACAGCAAACGAAUGCAGCCGCUGAAGACUCAACGCUCACUACUGAUUCUGAUUCUUCUACUGAUUCUAAUAAUGCGGCUUCUACAGAUUCUGGAACCGGAAAGCUCGGUGGAAAAGUUAAAACUGGUGCUAGAGGUGAGAGAUCUAAGAAAAACCGUGCUGACACUGCAAAAGCAGAACUGGCCAGGCAGAUACUGCUCAGCUUCAUAGUAAAAUCUGUUCGAAGCACUUCACGUCGUCCACCUUCUCCCAUGGCUCCAGGCAGCGACAAGGAGACUGCAUUUUCGACCAAUUCUGCAGAAGCAAUAGCAAAUGACGGCUCAACUGUUAAGAUUCUUCCUGGGGAUGAUGAUAGUAAGGGUAACCCGAAGACGGGAGACAUGGAUAAAAGUAAAACCGGAGAUGGUGAAGGAUUUGUGCUUGUUACAAAGCGGAAAAGAAACAAGCAGCAAUUUGCUGACGGUGUGAAUGGCCUAUACAGUCAGCAAUCGAUAUGUACUUAAUAAUCUGCUGAUGAAGAGAGGAUAGCUGGGCCGAAUUUUUACUGAUCUCAAUCAUGAGGAUUCGAUCAGUUGCUUAGAUGUGAAGCUGGAGGAGUUGAUGCAUGCCAAUGGUUUUUUCGACCCAAAGAUUUUGGUUUUAAUGCUGUACAAAUUUCUUGAUUCUUUUUCGUUGGAAGUUUUUAUGUUCAUGCGCUACUAUUUCCUGUCUAACUUGAUGAAAGGAUUGCUCAAACUGCAUUCUCUUUUUUGCGCUAGCAGAAUCAUUGAAUAAAUGCAUGUUUGUGACGAACA